UCCUUUGAAUCCCAUGGAUCUUCAUGCCAACUCCAACAAUUCUGGGAUGAAGAAACGAAAACAAGACCAGGAUGCUUUGAUCAGUGGUCAUGGAAAUUCUAUGAGUGUUGGAGAAUCAUCAUCUGGUGGUGGUGAUCUCUGCAAGAGUUCGACCUCUAUAUCACCAAAUUCAAACAAUCCAAAUGGUUCCGACUCUGAUGUUUCAUGUCAGGACGACGAUGAUGAUCUGAUUGACGAUGAUGCACUUGAAGAUCCUGAUUAUGGCUCUGAUUUUUAUGAUGACGAUGACAUCUAUGAAGAUGAAUAUUCAUUGAUGCAGGAUCAGUUUGACAGUGUGGAUUUGCCUCCCGGGGUAGAAGCAUCACUGCCUUGGUUGAAGGAUAUUACUUCCAGUGAAUGCAAGCAGGCUGUUUCUCAUGUCCAUACAGAGUCUAGUUCUAAAGGAAAAGUAGAUGAAACAGAUACAGUCAUGCAAAAGUUUCGGCAAUUUAAGCAAUUUGAUACUGUAGAUUCUUUUCCUGAUCAUUACUAUGAUAAGGAAGGUGUUUCAGUCUCAGAGGCACUGCGACCAAAGAAUUGGGCAAAAAAAAUCCAGGACGAAUGGAAAAUAUUGGAGGAAAAUUUGCCAGAAACAAUAUUUGUGAGAGUUUGUGAAUCUAGGAUGGAGCUUCUCAGGGCUGUCAUCAUCGGACCACAAGGCACUCCAUACCAUGAUGGUCUUUUCUUUUUUGAUUGCUUCUUUCCUUCUACCUACCCUGCAGGUCCACCGAAAGUUCACUACCACUCAGGUGGCCUAAGGCUCAAUCCAAAUUUAUAUCAAUGUGGAAAAGUCUGCCUUAGUCUCUUGGGUACUUGGCAUGGUAGGAAUAGUGAAAACUGGAUUCCAGAAAAAUCAACCAUGCUACAAGUCUUGGUUUCUGUACAAGCUCUGAUUCUGAAUGAGAAACCCUUUUUUAAUGAGCCUGGGCAUGAAACAGCAUAUGUCGGCUUAGAUGGGCAAAGGAGAUCUAAGGAUUACAAUGAUAGUACAUUUGUUUUAUCCUUGAAGACAAUGAUGUAUACGCUGCGUAAACCCCCAAAGCACUUUGAAGACUUUGUUGUGGGGCAUUUCCGCGUUAGAGCCGUGGACAUACUGAAAGCAUGCAAAUCAUAUGCUGAGGGGGGACCAGUUGGAUCAGUUUUACAUGAUGCAGCACAAAGUAGUAGUACUACUAGUAGUAAGACUUUUGCUAAAAACCAAAAAGAAUUUCAGUCAGCUGUGAGUAGGAUGAUGAAUACCCUUAUUGCAUUUUUCACCAAAAAUGGCUCCACAGACUGUGAGCAGUUUCGAUCUCUUGAGAUUUAUAAUUUAUCUGCUGCGGCUACUGCUAACUUGGAAGUUUUCAAGAUUGAAUCUUCUGGCACAACAACAUUAACCCAAGUCUGAAGGUCCCAAGUUGAAUGAAGUGUAGUGUGUGUGUUUGGGUAUCUUUUUGAUGUCCCACACCUAAAUGCUUCAUCUUACUUAUUAUAUCUUGUAUAGCUUUCCUAGAACAUUUUUUUGUUGGUCAUGACAACAAACUCCCGAUGUAUAGAAUUGGCUAAUAUAUGCAUCUUAUAAUAGAAUUUAUAGUUACUAUUUUUACA